AUGGGAGAGGAAGGAUUCCCUUCUGUAUAUCAGUUUCGUCUCGCGUCAUGGGGCACAAGACCCGUCUCAGCACAUGUCUGGAGCCCACUCAAUCGCGUGUGUGACAGGAACACACAGAACCCGCUGCCCGUAUUGCCAUAUGAGCCGUGGAUGGAGCAUGGAGCAACCAGCAUAUCCAUCCAUCAUCUCAUCAGCUUCAGGGGGCCUGCCGCGGGGCCAACCAUUAACGAGUCCGGCGAUGGAGUCCCUCAGCGGCUCGUUUCUUCGCGGCGAGAUUUUCUCCGUCGUCCAGUCUCAAUCAACCAAUACGGCGCUGGCCUUCGUAACAACUUUGCACCUUGCCACAAGCGCAGGCCCAAUCGCGUCUGGAGCUCUCGUAUGCGGCUGAGCGCCCCGUGCUGGCGCUGGCCUCUAGAGACUUUGGCUCCUCCAAUGCGCAUCGGUUUCUUCAUCUUCACCAGCGCUCCCAGCACCGCUACUCUGAACAGCCCCCCUGUAGCGCUAUGCUUAGCCCAGGACCAACGCGUUGCGGAGGAGCGCCCAUCGCCGAAGAGGUUAGACGGCAGAGAGUUGUGGUGA